GCACUUCCUGUUUACGUUUCCACAAAUGACGUCAGAUCUGACUAGUCUCCUGUAGUUUGAGCAGAGAAACAGCAGCUAACUUAUCAAACAGCUCUUUUUAAACACAUAUUAAUCUCGUCUGGAUUUACCAAGCUUCUGUCUGAUCUGCUGUGGACCAGCCGAAGUCUCGCCGUUCUCUCUGUCAGUCCGAACCGCUUAGCCAGCUAGCUAAAUUUGGCUAACGAGGAGCUAGCUGGUAGAUUAGCAAAGAUUACAUUAUUAAAAAGAGGAACAACGUGUUACGUUAUGGAGAAUAAAUACAACCUGAAGAGUCCAGCGGUAAAGCGGCUGAUGAAGGAGGCGGCUGAACUGAGGGAUCCCACAGAACACUACCACGCCCAGCCACUGGAAGAUAAUCUCUUUGAGUGGCACUUCUCAGUGCGCGGGCCCCCAGACUCAGAUUUCGACAGCGGGGUGUACCACGGCAGGAUCGUUCUUCCCCCAGAGUACCCCAUGAAGCCCCCCAGCAUCAUCCUGCUCACACCGAACGGCAGAUUUGAAGUUGGGAAGAAGAUUUGUCUGAGCAUCUCUGGCCACCAUCCAGAGACCUGGCAGCCCUCCUGGAGCAUUCGCACGGCCCUAAUAGCGAUUAUCGGAUUCAUGCCAACCAAAGGAGAGGGGGCCAUAGGAUCUCUUGAUUAUACCUCGGAGGAGAGGAAGACCCUUGCCAAAAAAUCUCAAGACUUCUGCUGUGAGACGUGUGGAUGCUCGAUGCGCUCUGCCCUCCUGGAUUUGUCCCCCAACAGUAACCCCAGCCCUGAGGACCACGAGGCUAAAGAACUGGCUCAGCAAAUCAACUUCAAGGCUGAGUCCAGUUUGCCGAGGCAGGAGAGUGCAAAUGGAGCUGAAAGGGAACCAAACACACUGGAUCAGGAUCAAACGCCUGCGCCUGUGGACCAGGAAGAAGCUAACAAACCCCAACAGGUGGAGGCGUCACCAGCUGUUACAGAGGAGGAACCUCAGCCUCCGGUGACACCUGCCGCCGGCCGCCCCCUCAGCCCGCGGCAGCGCCGUGCCCAGCAGCCGCGGCAGCAGGCUCAGAGAGAGCCGGCCAGCAGGCCCAGCGUGGCCGCGGCUCCGCGCCUGCCCCAGGAGGCGAGCCAUGCCGGCUCGGCCGUCCUCAUCGUGGUGCUCACGCUGGCUCUGGCUGCGCUCAUCUUCCGCCGGAUCUACCUGGCUCACGAGUACAUGUUUGACUAUGAGCUGUGACAGAACCCUUAGCCGUCUGGAUCCGCGGCCGCUGACCCUGUGCAGAGAACUGAGGUUCCAGAGGAGGCACUAUGGCUCCUCCCCUCACCUCCUGGGUGUAUUUUAAUUGAUGAGAAUCUCUGCAGUCUGAUGCUUCUUACAGAAACGUUGUGUUUGUGACCCCGUGAACAGCCCCACUCCCCUUUCAUUGGACAGAACUGGCGCCGCCGCUCUCACCCGUCGUUUAAUUGGACUGUCAGCAGCAUGUGGGUGUUUGAUGAUUUAAGCGCUCACACACGUCUUCCUCUUUUCCUUCCUGAACUCAGCAGUUGGGGGUAAAUGGUAAUGAUGGCGGCAGCCCGGCGGCGACGAGCCGCCCGGUUGGCUGGAUGGAGCGAGCUUUGUGAAGCGGUGUACUUUGAGGCGUUAUUGCCAUGGCAGCCAUCGCUAUGGAGAUCAUUUUAGGGAUCAUUUAGAGGCAGAAAAAUUCUUCUGAUCUUCAUGAAGCACAAACCUGCUGCUCUUCAGAUUUGGAUUUGAACCCACGUAGAUGUGGUUCUUAUUUUCCAGGUGUGUUUUUAAGUCAUUUUAAGGUGCAUGUUUGUGUCUCUGCCUCUCUAGCAGGACGUCGGUGCAGAUCGACGUCGUGUUCUUUUGAGUCUCAGAGGAAGCAGAAAGAGGUUUAAAAUCAUUCAGCGCUCAUUCAGUGGAGCCCAGCGAUGGUCGAAGACGACUUCCUGUCCACAGGAACAAACGAGUGCCGGUUCUGUUUUUUUUGGUUUUGUUUAGUUUUUUUAUGCAUAUAUUUGUUUCACACAGUUUUUGACAGUACAGUUGAGUAACAGGAAAUAGAGAGAGACAGAGACGUGCAGACGAGGUGCACGUUCUCAGGAACAGAACGAGGUAAACGCUUCCCGCCAGGCCCACGUGUACGUCCAGCAUUCUCUUUGUGAAUCCUGCACUUGUUCACACACAACAAAUAAAUCGCACAAAUUAACAAACAUCAGAACUAUUCCUGGAACUUCAAGUACAGAAUUUAAAAUAUGUUAAGAAAUAAAUGCAGGUGAACUAAUUUUGUGAAAUCAGAAUAUUCAAUAAAAUGUUCAGAGUCAGUGAAGAACAAAACACUGAGGUUUUUUU